UCUGCGGGGCCGCUGUACUUGUCUGGCUGGGACGGAGGGCUUCAGUGCUAAGGAGGCAACUAACCUUACUAAACCCCAAAGAGGUGUUUUCUUUUCUUCUGGAUUUUUGUUUUCUUAAUUAUUUGUAGUCGCGUUUACCUGCCCCGCCACUUCGCACCUCAGUGGAGUCUGCUCUCGUAGGUUUCACAGACCGCUGCAGCAGCGACUUGAGCACGCACGCCGCUGCCGCUGUUGUUGUGAGAGAAGAGAACAAGCUCGGCGAGUAGUCAGCUAAGCUGUGUGAUCAUUGACAGAGUUCAAUACACACACGCUUCCAGUGUGAGGGGAGCUCCCAGAUAGCGUAGCUCUGAGCCUCUUUAAAGAAACGACGGCUGGGACUUGUUCGGUGUCGCCGGAGUCGAGGUAUUGCUGAUUUUUUUUUUUUUUCUUCAAAUAUCUGAGCCACAGUGAGGCACUUGACCAAUAAGAACAGCUCGCACAAUUUCCACCAACCUGUCUGCAGCCCCCUCCCUACCCAGACAGUCUUCUGCCCCAGCAUGAAUGAAGUCAGUGUUGUGAGAGAGGGAUGGCUCCACAAGAGAGGUGAAUACAUUAAAACGUGGCGUCCUCGUUACUUCAUCUUGAAGAGCGAUGGCUCCUUCAUCGGCUACAAAGAGAAGCCCGAGGUAUCCAGUGACCACAACCUCCCACCGCUCAACAACUUCUCUGUUGCAGAGUGCCAGCUGAUGAAGACAGAGCGCCCCAAGCCCAAUACGUUUGUCAUUCGGUGUCUGCAGUGGACCUCCGUUAUCGAGCGGACCUUCCAUGUAGACAGCAACAAUGAGAGGGAGGAAUGGAUGCGAUCGAUCCAGGCUGUAGCAAACAGCCUGAAGAGUCAGCAGCAGGAUGAGGAGCCCAUGGAGAUCAAAUUUGGCUCCCCGAGUGACAGCAGUGGCACAGAGGAGAUGGAGAUUGCUGUGUCCAAAUCCCGCACAAAAGUGACGAUGAGUGACUUUGAUUACCUGAAGCUGCUGGGUAAGGGGACGUUUGGUAAAGUGAUCCUGGUGAAGGAGAAGGCCACAGGGAUGUAUUAUGCCAUGAAAAUCCUGCGCAAAGAAGUCAUCAUUGCUAAAGACGAGGUGGCGCACACAGUAACAGAAAGCAGAGUUCUCCAAAAUACGCGGCAUCCUUUUCUAACGACACUAAAAUAUGCAUUUCAAACACACGACCGGCUAUGCUUCGUGAUGGAGUAUGCAAAUGGAGGAGAACUCUUCUUUCACCUAUCCCGGGACAGAGUAUUCACAGAAGACAGGGCUCGAUUCUACGGUGCAGAAAUAGUGUCAGCGCUGGAGUAUCUUCAUUCACGCAAUGUCGUUUACAGGGACCUGAAGCUGGAGAACCUCAUGUUAGACAAGGACGGCCACAUAAAGAUAACGGACUUUGGGCUGUGUAAAGAAGGGAUCACAGACGGCGCCACCAUGAAAACCUUCUGUGGAACCCCGGAGUACUUGGCACCAGAGGUACUGGAGGACAAUGACUAUGGUCGAGCAGUGGACUGGUGGGGACUGGGCGUGGUGAUGUAUGAGAUGAUGUGCGGUCGAUUGCCUUUUUACAACCAGGACCACGAGCGCCUCUUUGAGCUUAUCCUUAUGGAGGAGAUCCGCUUUCCCAAGAACCUCGCUCCUGAAGCCAAGGCCUUGCUGGCAGGCCUGCUUAAAAAAGAUCCCAAACAGAGGCUCGGAGGUGGUCCAGACGAUGCCAAAGAAGUGAUGAGCCACAAGUUCUUCACCUCCAUUAACUGGCAGGAUGUCAUUGACAAAAAGCUUAUUCCACCCUUCAAGCCCCAUGUAACAUCAGAGACUGACACGCGCUACUUUGACGAUGAGUUCACAGCACAAUCUAUUACAAUAACUCCUCCAGAUAAGUAUGACAGUUUAGACCCAGAGGAUUCAGAUCAGCGUACUCACUUCCCUCAGUUCUCGUACUCUGCCAGCAUACGGGAAUGAUCCCUCAGACUUUUGAAUGAGCAGGCAGGCUGACACGUGAUCACAAUCCCACAUACACACUUGCACUGCUGAGGAAAUUUGAAUGACACAAUUUAAAAAAAAAAAAAAAAAAAAAAAAAGAAAGAAAGAAAAGGGAAGAAAAAAAAAAUAACGUGGCACAAGACACAUUUUCAUUCUGUCUAACACACACACACACACACACACACACACACAUCCUGGUAAAUCAGACUAGACACGGAUCAUAGAGUAGAAAACGGACGCACACAGACCCCAAGUGACUGACCUCAGCAGGUUGGUGUGGAUAGACUGGCAGCUUUGUCUCUGUAUGUCCUCUCAGGGCUGGCAUUAGACUUCCCUGCAGGACCUCUGCUGCAACACAUCAGAGCCUUGACACUUUGAAAACCAGGUUAUGCCAGCAAGUAACACCUCUUUACCAGCUGUUCCAUGCUUCACACACAAAUAAACACACACCAAAUCAACCCACUCAUGCACUGCAUAAAUCUACAUGAGCAUACUUGAUAGAAUUUUACAAAACAACAGUAUAAUCAAGAUUAGGAAAAAUGGCAACAAUUUGGGGGAGGGGAGGUGGGAGACAAAUUUUUAUUUCAUCACUUGUUACGGUUUUAAAUGUAAAGCCAUAUUUCUGCAUAUUUUUUUUUUUUUUAACAAGUGCUCUUUCUGGAACUUGCUGUUACAAAUCAAGAGUGGGACUUUCCUACAGUUGGGAUGUGGACAAUUAGGAAGAAGAGAUGACCGAGGAGGGGUUGCCAUUACUGUGUUUGCACUGCGCGUGCGUGAGUGUGUGUCUGUGUGUGUAUGCGAAUGGGUGAGCAGAUGUGUGAACGUAUGUGCAUAGAGUGCAAGAGAAUGUAUAAACAAGCAUUUUGUGUCUCAGCCAUCCAUUUGUGUCUGUUUUUAUGUACUUUUUUUUUUUUUUUUUUACUUUAAACUUUUGCUGAAAUAUUGACAGGAGAGGAAACAACAGAGCACACUAAAUAGGGUUUUUUUUUUUUUUUUUUUUUUUAAAGGGAACAGGCAUGUAAUUUAUGAUUGGCUGGCUUAAGUUGACAGUCUGGAUUACAAACUGGGAUCUUGUGCGUGGCUGUUACUUGUUUAUCUUGAAGUGGUGCAGCAGACAGGCUCUUACAUCCAGGUGUCUGUAUCCAAACCUUGUAGCUGGUUGGAAGUCUAAGUAAGAUCUCGCUCAGGCCAGUCGCUCUUAAAUGUCGAAGCAGUAAGAGCAGAAAGGAAGAGGAGAUUAGAGACAAGGCAUUUGACCACAGUUUUCCCCCAACCUGUCCACAGAGACCAAUCCAGAGGACGGCAGAUAUUCGCUGUCCUCACUCCCUCAGUCUUUUCUUUUCAAUCAGUAGUAACAGUUUCUUUUUGUUUGUUCUUUUUUUAUUUCAAGUUUAUCUCUUAAGUGUCUGCCCGUGUUCAAAGAAUGAGCAUUCAGUUGUUGGUAAGAGGCCAAAGUUUGAUUGACCUGUUAAACACUUCACAUGAUUCCACGUUUGAUGUUUAGAGUUUUUGUGUUUUCUGAAAUUGUGUGUUGAAGCACUUAAGAAAAAUCUGUGUAGCUGUACGUCUGGAGCAACAGUCUGCAGGCUUACAAUCAGACUAAAAGCUGCGUGAGCUGUUUGACCAGCGGCCUGCGAGAAAGGAGGAACCAAUGGAAACAUGAGCCGAAUCGUUGAGAUGAUAAAGCCCUGAACGUGAUAUUGAAAAGUCUUCGAAGUGAUAAAAUUGUUUUCCAUAAUGCUGGAAGAGGAUGUUGGUGGUUCUUUGAGCUUCACUAAAAGAACAUCAGAAGCAUUUUUUUUCUUUUUUUGUAUGUCAUUGUUUUGUUUCUGUUUGAUUUUUUUUUUUUUUUCCUCCAUCCUUUUUUCCCGUCUGUUUCUCAGACCUUUGAAGACACAUUGUCUUGUUUAAGUAUACGUUAUAUAAGAUAUAUAUUAAACUUUUUUUUAAAACCGCUUUCUUUUAAGUUCUUCAUUUCAAAGGCAUCACACGAGGAUUGCUUAUGUAGCUGAUGGUAAUUCAUUUGACUUGCAUUAUCACACAUCAAAAACUGAAUUUCAUAAUUUGACUUAGCUCAUAUUGCAGUAGCCUUAUUGAAUUGGGCUGGUGGGGGACUUGAGUUUUUUGUAAACUAAGGAGAUAUUUGCCCCAGCAGUAUGUGACUGAACUUAGGUGUAUAAAUAUUUAGUUAAAGAAAUCAGCAUUCUCGGGGAUGUCCCUCGUGUCACAUCUUUAUUUCUUCAAUUUUAAGUUUGUGUGAGUGUGAUGGGGUGACGGCGUGACUGCGAGUGAAAGUGGUGAAAUGGACACAGACUCAACAGGCCCCGGUUCCUGCAGAUGAUGAUGAUGAUGAUGUUGUGAUGAAAUGGCUUUGAUUUACAGUUCACAACUCCAGCACCUCUUCUCACUGGCUCAGGCACAGCCAUCAUACUCUAGCCUAGCGUCCUGCUUUUUUGGAAACAGCAGGACCGGAUAUCAGAACCAUUGCACUGAUGGACUCCACUGUGGAUUUGCCUUCAUUGCUAUCAUGGCCAUAAGGGGGUGCUGCUGGACUUCUUUUGAUAUUGGUUGUGAAGCCAUACACUGAACCUCACUGCUGGCCACGCUUUAAGCAAUGCUUCACAGCUAAACAUGCAAGUUAAAUACCCCUGACCUCUCCUGUAGGCUUACACGGGCACAACAAGUGCCUCUUUAUUAUUUUGUAAAUACCAAAAAGAAGCUAGAUGGGGAAUGCAGCAUCAGUAGAAGGGGAGGCCUGCAGCUUCGUAGUGUUUGAUUUGCAGCUUUACUAUGGUUACCUUGCUUCUUUGUAUAUUUGAAUGUGAUCAGCAGUCAGGAAUGUCUUACCUGAUGCCGGUAUAACAGAGAUUUUUUUUUUAUUUUUAUGUUUUUGCUUGUUGCUGUUAGUUGAGGCUCAGAGGGCAAUGAAAAAGAAUAAAAAAGCAAUCUAAGGGGAGGACUUUGUCCUGGAAGACAUUUCCAGCCCCCCCCCUUUGCAAGACUUUACAAUGUAACGGGUGAUACCUGCUACAGUAUGGUAGCUUAUAACAUUUGCAACUAUAAUGUGCCAGUAAAUAUUUUUACUGAA